AUGGUUGUCGAAACCUCAGACCUCCGCAUCAGCGCUGUCGCCGAAGCCAAAGCCCGCAAAUGGCGCGACAAGAUCUUCUCCAAGGAGAAAGACCCCAAUACUUCGCGAGAUGCGCAGAUUGACGACUUUCUCGGCGCCUCUCGCAAACUCCCAUCGCAGUCGCAUCUCCCCAUUCCUCCUCGUCCGCCGCUCCCGUCGCCGCGUGUCGAUGUCUCCCUCCCACAUUAUCAGCCGCCGCCGCCGCCGCAGCAGCAGCAGCCGUCGCGUGCCGUCCCCGCCCCCUCGUCCGCAUCCCUGCCCUACCACGCCCCCAGCAUUGCUCAACCCGUGAAACGUCGUCAGCGGAAAGGCUUGACGGUCAAAUUCUGCAAUGAGCCCCCCCAAGUCAUGGGCGAGGGCGGUGACGAGGCCGAAGAGCCCACCAAAGACAUGAUAGCCGCCUACCGCUCGCGCUCCAAUUCCUCUGCCUCGACCUUUACCGAUAGAUCCGACUUCUCUCCAAUCGACAGCCAUUCCCCUCCAGACUCCCAUCUUCGCCAUCAGGCCACCCCGCCGUCAAUCGCCAUAAACCAGCCCCAAGACGAGUCCUUAUGGCGGCCCCCACUGAUAAAGAACUCGCAGGAUUCGGACUUCCUACUGUCGCUCGGAGAAAACAACACACGUGGCUCCCGAUUAUCGUUGAGAUUGUCGACAGAUCCCAACUCGUUUGCGCGCCGUGUACAGGCAAAAAUGAGAGCGGAUGAAGGAUUGGCCUUUCAGAAGAGUUUUGCAGAAGAUGAUCCCUCGUCGCCUUUAGAAACAACGUCCCCUACGAAAACAAUCCUGCCACCACGAACUGAGGAAAAAUCGGGUGGUCUUUCGUUCUGGUCUAGCGUGCUCAGUGCCCUCCCCAGCGAGAACCAGCCCUCCCGUCAAAACUCACCACCCACCUCCACCCCAACACCUUCAUUACCUUCUAUAGAUACGUCGUCACAUCACCCAGUUCGACCUCCUCCAUAUCUCAAAUCGCCCGAAAGCUCUACAGCAUCUACACAGCCCUCCUUCCAGAGUUACGAUAGUGGCAGGGAUUCGCCGUCGCUCGCCAAAAACUUGCGAAAUGUUACGAACACGGUAGGCGACACCGCUUUGUCGGAUUUUUCUGACUACGUGGGAAAUUUCAGCCAACUUUUCAGUUUUGCCGCGGAAAAUGUGAAACCGUCGAUGGAGACGUCUCUUUCAGAGUGGGUCAGAGCAUGUGUUUGGUGGUUUUUGAAGGGCAGGGGGGAGCUGGAGGCGUUCAUGCGAACCCGUCCAUCAAGUGCUGGUGGUAGUCCUGCACAUAUGGGCCUGGGAGACCAGUCGCAACAGGCAGUUGUGAAUCUCUCAAAGGCCUGGUGGAUCAACCAGACCAUUAUCCCCCAGCAUCCAGAAUUGGCAAAAUUCGGCAGGAUAAGCACCGAUGCCAUGCUCUCCGUCGCCAAAAGUACUGGCGAUUCGCGAAUUGUACACUUAAUCACCCUUCAUCAAAGCAUGAUCAGCCACCUGCGCGGUCUCGCGAUGUCGAUGAAGCGACACAACCUGCUUCCUUCUGGAAACGACCCCGCGCCCCUCGUUCAGUCCAUCGAUUCCAGCAUCUGGAUGAAAUAUCCGUUCUUUGCCCCUGACAUCUCCGCUAUUCUAUCGGGCUCUUUCUCCAAAUCGAUGCUCGUUGACACGUCGAUAAAGCAACCGGAUCUGGGCGAUAUGAUGCCCAUGGGCGACACUAGUAGAUACUUCUGCUACGGUCGCAUGUUUGUAGAGGCGCAUAUCAGCUCUGGCGAUGACGACUGCCAGCAGAUCGCCAUACCCUGCGUUCUGUCGAUCACCCGUGAACGAGGGGAUUGGAACGUCAUCGCGACAAUCACCAGCCAAACUGAGCUGGUCAACAUUAUCAUCCAGGCCGAUAAGAAACAAGGCGCGACGUGGACGGAUGUCACUUGGCAUGUAAGAUCGUGUUCGAUGCAGCUGCGCCUCCCUCGGGGGUUCGAGCUGGACGUUCGGUUCCAUCAGGCCGAUUUCUCGAUGAUAUGGAAGAUCGUGGAAUAUUCCCGCAAAGUCGAAGCCAGCCUGCAGCCCGAAGCCGGCGAACGAUUGGUCUUCGAAGAAGUGCUGGGUAUUUUCCAGUACAUGGACUCUCGUCCCACCAAGGCCUUCCCCCCCGAGCCUUCGCCGCGCUGUCGAAUCCGACUGUUUGAGAAAACUGUAAAAAUCACGGAGGGCACGGGAACGCGUGAGUCGCACCGUGGAUAUCGAUUCAUCGCCGUGACCAGCCCCAAUGUGAAAACCCUCACCAGCGUCUCUCACUACCUGGGCAGCGGCGAGCCCAUCGUGUUUGGCUAUCUCCGCGGCGACAAUGGCGCGCCUGCUCUCGUUCUCAAGGUUAGAGAAGGCGACGACGUCUGCUCCAUGAUUCUCACGUUCGUCGAUGCUGAGCAUCGAACGAAAAUGCAUUCGCUCCUACUGGGGAUCGUUCCCAACGGCGCUGAGUUCAAGACCGCCGAUAUACCGCUCAAGUCGUUUUCCAUUGACAAGCCGACGGCGGGCAGCAGCGGCGGCCUGAUGCUGAAAACACCUCUGCAGUUUUCUACCUCUACGAUCACGGUUAUAGAUCAGUCUCCCGGGCCGGCGGAGCAUGGAUACGGGCGGACGGUUUUGUCUGAGCAUCUUCGGGUUUUUGUCAGCUCGCAAUGGGGUUCGGUUACGGAUAGGGUUAAUCUGGGGCCCGGUGAGCUGAAGAUUGGUCUUGAUGUCAAUAUUCCAACGGCAAUGAGUCUAUAUCGCCCAGCACAAAAUGAUUUGGGUGUAGCUAUAGCAGAGAACCUGGUGCCAAAGGAGCUACCCAAUGAAUUAGCGGGCUUCCUCAAGACUGUGGGCACAAAUUCUUCUGUUAGAAAGUAUAAUUUUGCAUCAGUUCCAGAUCUACAUACCUUCCAACAUGCAAUUACGGGCUAUACGGUUCGCUUUGAUGGAUAUGCCUCUAGCUUCGCCAUAUCACGUCGAAGAAUGGUGGUUCCUAUCUACAAGAAAUUCGAGGCAGGCCGAACUCGCCUUCAAGUCAUCCAGCAAGAGAAAGUGUUCCAGCUGGUUGUAUUCUUUUCUGACUUCAGCCUCGGAAAGUGUAUGAAUUUCGCCCUCAAGAGCACCGACAUUUUCGAAAGCUUGCAUCGCACGGGUAAAUACGGUCUGAAGAUCGUAGAUGCCAAAUUUGCUCUACCCAACUGCAGCGACGAUGAGUCCGCUAGUUUUGUAUGUCUAGAUAUGCCCGAAUACCCUGGCGAGCACGACGAUAUUACAAUUUGCUUUGAUUCCGAAACCGAUCAAAAUAACUUCCAGUCUGCAAUCCCUGGCACUGUCCGACGUCCUUUAAGGGUAGGCUCGUUUAAAAGAUGA